GUCCUGCUCUCAGCGAUGUGACUUCGCGAAGAAAACAACUACAUAGAUAUAUACACCCACGCUUAACUGCUGUCGACGAUGCCGAAGCGCACAGGGCGAACACACAGCGGUGGCGUCGUGUCGUACAAGACAGCCGUUAUCUUUGUGUUGUCGAUGUUUGUAUUCAGAGCCGCGGACUCUCGGCAGUGUUUUUACCCCGAACACGUCGACCAAGAGUGCGUCGAAAGAAUAAAAUCUGAGAAAGGCCUCAACGGUACCGCUGCGGGCGGAUUCAGCGGCAACCAGACGCUGCAGGACCGCGUGGUCCUGACCGGUUGCUACCUAGAGCUGCUACCAAAAGAACGCACCUGCAUCGACGCGGACUUCCUCGGAGAUUUUUACAUCUGCGUCUACAACUACACCGUCGGCAUGAAAGAGGAACUGAAAAAGCUGAAUGUGACCAGCCUAGAAAGCGCCAAGGAGCUCGGAAAUGCAUUCAUGGAGUGCCUCAACGGAGAAGCGAUUCCGUGGCCGGAGGACUUAUGGCGCGGGGAGAACAACGCCACGGAGGUCAUGGAGAACCCCACCUUUAGAGUAGCCGGUUGGCCGUUUUACUGACUCGGCGGCCGCGGCAGAUGCCCGACUGUGGAGAGCGAAAUAAAGCUGUCGUCGCCUACGUAAUCGAUGUAACGU